UCUAUAAAAAUAAUAAGAUUUUUUGUUUAAUUACAAAAAUUAUUUUAUUUUUAUUUUAUCUUGUUAACUUUUGUGGUUUGAACAAAAUAGUAACUUUACAUUAUUGAAAACUUAAAAGUUUUUGUUUUGUUUUUUACUUGAAUUAUGUGCUUGAAAACUUUAGAAGCUUUAGAAUAUAGCGGCUUACAAGAGAGGCAUCCCACUGUUAUACUUUCCCUAGAGAAAAGUCUUCCGGUUCCACUAACCGGAGCUUUUGUUGCUACUAUCUGUAAUCAUAAACAAACGUCUAAAAUUAUUAGGAUCCUUUCUGAAAAGUUUCCACUCAAAACUCUGUCUCACCUUCGAAGAAUUAAAAAGGAUGUUACGGAGGAUGGUCGACCUGAACUUACUGUUCUUAUAAGUGGAUCUGAUAAUGGAACAGAAGUGGAAGAAAAAAUUCGCUUGCUUUUGAAGGAAGAUAAUAUGGAUACCUCAAUUUCAAAUUUUAGAAAAGUUUUAGUCUCGGCUACUCCGCCGCUCACUAGAAUUCAGUUUGAGCUGAUCAAAGACGUCUGGCCCACUCAUUUCCUUGAAGACAUAAACACCAAGCCAUCCAUUAGCGUCCGUGCGCCGGUCGUAUACUACAGGACUUAUCAAACAACUUUCCUUGGACGGGAUUGGUCCUUAAUCAUUUCUAGCAAACAUUUUGACCACUCCGGAGAAACGAGAGAACUUGCGAAAUUCUAUUUUUCGGGUGAAGACAUAGUAAUGCUGGAAGGCCACAUGCGCUCAGCCCUUGCCUUUGCUCGGGACGCACAUUCCUCCAAUCAUUGGCCUACUGGGUGCGUAAUAAUUGAUCCUAUCUCCAAUCAAAUUGUUUCGAAGGGUUGUGAUUCGCCCGCGCAUCCUCUAAAACAUGCUGUUAUGGGAGCUCUUGAUUCGCUGGCGGAGUCCCACUGCACCAAUAGUGCAGAAGCAUAUAUUGCCACGGGUCUGGAUGUUUAUGUUACGCGCGAGCCCUGUGUCAUGUGCGCAAUGGCGUUACUUCAUUCGCGGGUCCGGCGAGUUUUCUUUGGCCUCCGAACUGCAAAUGGCGGAUUUUCUUCCCGUUUGCGAUUACACCAACAACCUAAGCUGAAUCAUCGUUUUUCGGUGUACGAAAAAUUGUUAUAUAAUGACUGCUUCCGAUAUCAUGAAGGCAGUAAAUGAUUUACAAAGAGAUGGUAAUAGUGGAAUUUUUUAUCUGUAGUACGAGCGAAAUAAAACUGUACUUUUUAAAGUACUUGAAAAAGAAUUGAUUAGGCAGUUUUUGGUGAAGAGAUACUUCAUUUAAGUAAAUUUUUACUGAGCUUUAAUGUGUUUAAAAUAUACAGCUGGCCACUGGUUGCCUUAUCUAUCAGGUGACCUACUUUAUUUACUAGUGCUGGUGCCCUAGGGGUGAUUUUUCAUAAUAAAACCUCAAUGAAAACGCUUUUUAUUAGUUUCAGCUCUGCAAAUUUGAACUAACUCAUUCAAGUCUUUUUCUUGAGGCUGCCUUUUUAAAUAAAGCAACAACAGCACAUAACGUAUUACCACCCCUAUAACAAUUUGUGGACCAGUUAUAUUACGUUUAUUAAAACGUCAUUAAGCUGUC